CCACCGAAAAACCCAAUAACAAAAUAGACAAAAAAGCAGACAAAAUGUCGACAUCGAAAUCAGAAACAGACAUAAUCCUCAAUAAGGCAAAUGUAGCGCUAGCUCGAAGCCAGCGUCUCGUUGCCUCAUGGCUACCUGCACCGACGACAGACGACCAAGCGAACAGCAAGAAAACCGAAGAGGAAUUACAACGAGAAGAGGAUGAGAUUUUCACGGCGGUUCCGGAGACAUUAGGAGUCGGUGCACCACUCCCUACUAAAGCCGUGGAUGGAAGUUGGAAUCGGACUGAAUUGGAUUCGAAUGACAAAUUACGGAAACAGCUCCUGGGGAGGAAUUACCAGAAGGUGAUGGCUGCGAAGAAGGCCUCGACUGCGAAGGGAGGCAGUAACGAUGCUGCUGCUGCGUCAACAAAUCCCACUAAGAAUGGGGUGGCGAAAACGGAAGAAGAGGAUGAUGAUGAUGACGAGGAAGAGGGACGGACGGCGGCGAUAGGGAAGAAGAAAGCUAUGUCAGCGAAAAAGCGCAAGGCGCCUGAACCGCAAGCUCAGACGGAUAUCGAGGCGGUUGGAGGUGAAUCCGGAGAAUCAAAGCAGACGAGUGAUGUCGGUGAUGGCACUGAAGACAAAGCCGAUCAGUUGGACAAGCAACCGGGAGCUUCAUCACGGCCCGCUAGGGGGAGAAAGAAGGGAACGAGCUUCUUGGAUGAGAUCUUGGCUGAGCGGUCGAAGAAGAGAAAGAAGAGGUAAACAAGGAUAUUUGUGACACCCUCUCACCUCACCUUAACGGAGCCCAGUCUACGAUAUAAUCAGAUGUAUAACCUCAAGGAAAUG